AUGGAGACUCUGCUGCCCCUGCUCGUGCUGCUGGCCCUGUGCUGGCCUGCACUCAGCUCCUGGGACAGUUGUGAGACCUGUGGGCUCAGGGCUUCAGACCAGGGCUCCGCGCAUGGCAGCAGUGCCCAGCCUGGGGCCUGGCCCUGGAUCGUCAGCAUCCAGGAUCCCUGGGAAGCAGGCACAGGACACAUCUGUGCAGGGGCCCUGAUCAGCUCCCAGUGGGUCCUCACAGCAGCUCACUGCUUCCUCGGGGCCAGGAACAUCCACAUGUGGCACGUGGUGGUGGGGGCCACCUACCUGAGCCACCCUGGCCCCGAGACCCAAGUGCACACCAUCAAGCAGCUGCUGACUCACCCAGGGUACAGCAGCACCAGCAGCAGGAACGACAUAGCCCUGCUGGAGCUGGCCCAGCCUGUGCAGUGCAGCCUCCAGGUGCAGCUGGGCUGCCUGCCCAGCACCUCGCUGAGCCUCGCAGACCUCUCCCACUGCUACACCAGCGGCUGGGCUGCCACCAGGGCCAGAUCUGGGGCAGCAAUAGAUGCACUGCAGGAGGCCAGGGUCCACCUGGUCAGUGUCUACCUCUGCAACAGCAGCCGCUGGUACCGAGGAGCCAUCCACAGCUACAACCUCUGUGUGGGCUCCACUCAGGCUGGCAUCAACACCUGCCAGGGUGACAGUGGCAGUCUCCUCAUGUGCCAGGCCAGCAAUGCCAACUAUUUCUGGCUUGUGGGGGUGGCCAGCUGGGGGAAGGACUGUGCCAGGACAGGGCAGCCCAGUGUCUACACCUCCAUCCAGCACUUCUACCACUGGAUCCUGGUCCAGAGAGGCGUUGUGCAGACAGAAAGAGCCAUUCCAACGAGCCUGCCGGGGGCCGGGGCCGAGCAAGGAGCGCGCAGCAUCCCCGCCGGCGGCGGCUCCGGCAGCGGCGUCCCCGGCAGCUCCCCAGCGCGUGCAAAGCGGGAGGGCGGGGCGGGGCGGGGCGGGGGCGGGCGGGGCGGGGUGGGCCUCGGCACAGCCCUGACCCCGCGGCCCCGGCCCGGCCCGGCCCGGCCCGGCUGCGGACGUAGCGCGGAGCGAGGUGGUGCGGGAUGGCGGUGCAGCGGCGGCGGUGAGGUGAGGGAGCGGUGCCGCCGCCCCGGUGUGCUUGUCCCCUGCCGCCUGCCGGGACGGGGCCCUGCGGCUCGGCCUGCUGGGCACCGGGUGUGCACCCCCACCCCCUGCCUGGCGCGGCACCGGCGGCACCGCCUGACCUUGCAGCGUUAA